UCGCUCUUCGGCACCAUGACCACCACCACCACCUUCAAGGGAGUCGAUCCCAACAGCAGGAAUAUCCGGGUUUUGCGGCCUCCAGGCGGUGGAUCCAAUUUUUCAUUAGGCUUUGAUGAACCAGCAGAACAGCCUGUGAGGAGGAACAAAAUGGCCUCUAGCAUCUUUGGGACACCUGAGGAAAAUCCUCCUUCAUGGGCCAAGUUGGCAGGUGCCAAGUCUAGUGGUGGCAGAGAGGAUUGUGAGUCAUCUGGACCCCAGAGAAGGAACUCUUCUGAAGCAAAUGCUGGAGACUUCUUAGAUCUGAAGGGAGAAGGCGACAUUCAUGAAAACAUGGACACAGACUUGCAGGCCAGCCUGGGGCAGAGUGAGGAGAAGCCCGUGCCCGCUGCCCCUGUGCCCAGCCCAGUGGCUCCGGCCCCAGUGCCAUCCCGAAGAAACCCCCCUGGUGGCAAGUCCAGCCUCGUCCUGGGUUAGCUCCGAUUCUCUUGAACUCUGUCGUUUUGUUUGUUUGUUUUCUCCAUGCUUGUGAACUGCACAACUUGAGCCUGACUGUACAUCUUUUGGAUU